CGAUGAAAGGAUUCCUCUUUGCUAAGCUGUAUUUUGAAAUAAAAGAAUAUGAACUUGCUAAGAGGUAUAUAUCUACAUACCUCAAUGUACAAGAGAGAGAUCCUAAAGCACACAGAUUUCUUGGGCAAAUUUAUGAAGCUGAAGAUAACAUAGAAAAAGCUUUUGGGUGUUACAAGCGUUCUGUUGAGUUGAACCCAACACAGAAAGAUCUGGUACUGAAGAUUGCAGAGUUACUUUGCAACAACAACAUUACUGAUGGAAGAGCAAAAUAUUGGGUUGAGAGAGCUGCCAAGCUCUUCCCUGGGAGUCCUGCUGUUUAUAGGCUGAAGGAGCAGUUACUGGACUGUAAAGGUGAAGAUGGAUGGAAUCAGCUUUUUGACUUGAUUCAAGCAGAACUUUAUGCGAGACCAGAUGAUGUCUACAUAAACAUCAGACUAGUUGCGCUCUACCGUUCAAAUAAUAGAUUAAGAGAUGCUGUGCUCCAUUGUCAGGAGGCAGAGAAGAAAAUACCUUUACAGUCAAGCUUGGAGUGGUGUUCCUGUGUUGUAGAGACAUUUGAGGAAUAUCUGGAAUCUGUACAAGACUUGGAGUCUGAUAAAAAUAACUGGAGAGCUAUCAAGAAAGAUCAUCUGCUGGCCUAUUCCAGCUUUGUCAAAAUGACACUUUCUUCUAGAGAUGUUCAGGAAUGCAGAGAAGCACUUGAAAGUUUUGAUCGUGCGCUUCAGUCGGUGAAACCAUAUGUGAAUGGGGCUGAUGAUUUGUCUCGUACCUUUGUGGAAAUGAAAGGACAGCUAUACAUGCAUGCUGGAACUUUGCUACUGAAAAUGGCCCAACACAACGACGCACAGUGGAGAGUUGUGUGUGAGCUAGCAGCAUUGUGUUAUCUGAUAAGUUUCCAGGUUCCUAAACCAAAGUCCAAGCUGUUAAAGGGGGAUCAAACUGGACAAGAUGUGCUAGAAACCUUGGCCUGUGAUCGCAAAAGCCAGUCUGGUCAUAUGCUGCUGAACUUAAGCCAUGGCAAGCAAGACUUCUUUAAAGAGAUUGUGGAGUCAUUUGCAAACAAGAGUGGCUCAUUUACCUUGUUUGAUAGUCUGUUUGAAAGUGGAGCUUCCAAAGAGAGAUCUUUUAUUGGCACAGAUGACAUUGGAAAUGUCAGUACACAAGCACCAGUGCAAGUCGAACUUCAUAAGUAUGAUAUUGGUGCUGUUCGAAUGCACAAUGGCAGUCUCCAGCACCUUGUGUGGCUUGGCUUGCAGUGGAACUCUAUGUCAGUCUUACCCCCAAUGCGCAAAUGGUUAAAACAGAUUUUUCACCUGCCCCAAGAAACAUCAAGACUUGAGACAGAUGCUCCUGAAUCCAUUUGCCUGUCGGACCUUGAAGUAUUCCUACUUGGGGUGGUGUUCACUAGCAACUUACAAUUGCAAGAGAAGUUUAAUUCUCACUAUGGUGCACAUCAACCUCAAUUCUUACCGUUGCCAGUGUGCAAACAGCUCUAUACUGAAAAGCAAAGAUCCUGGUGGGAUGCUGUUCGUACUCUUAUUCAGAGAAAAACAACACCAGGAACAGCAGCAAAACUGCGGCUUAUCGUACAGCAUGGAAUAAGUACUCUACGAACACUGGAGAAGCAUGGCCUUCAACCUGCCUUAAUUAUACACUGGGCAAAAAGCUUGCAAAAAACAGGCAUUAGCCUUAACUCCUUCUAUGACCAGAAGGAAUACAUUGGACGAAGUGUCUACUAUUGGAAGAAAGUUUUGCCUAUGCUGGAAGUUAUCAAAAAGAAGAGGAGUAUUCCUGAACCUGUUGAUCCUCUCUUCAAACACUUCCAUAGUGUAGACAUUCAGGUGUUCCAGGUUGCAGCAUAUGAGGAAGAGGCACGUAUAGCAUUUGCAACAUUGGAUGCAGUUGAUGGCAAAACUGAUGAUGCUUUAUUAGCAUUUGAAGCUAUUAAGAAUGUGGUUUCAUACUGGAAUCUUGCUGUGAUUUUCCAGAGAAAGGCAGAAGAGAUUCAAAAUGAUGCCAUGCUGCCAGAAGAACAAGAGGAACAUAAAACAUAUCUUCUUAAAAGCAAACAUUAUCUAAUGAAGAUUGUUGAGGAAAGCUCCUCAGAUAUGUCAGUAACUGAGAAACUGCCGGUGUCUGUUGAAACUGUGAGGGAAGUGUUAGACACAGUGAUUCAGGAACUUGGUGAGAAUGACGAAGAAGGAAGUCCUGCCUUCAGAAACGGUCUGUCACAAGCUGUAGAUUCACAGAUGAAACAUUCCACUCCAUCUCCAAAGUUUUCUCUUUCACCAACUAAGAGCUACAAGUUUUCUCCUAAAACUCCUCCUCAGUGGGCGGAAGAUCAUAGAUCUAUACUUCAAAUGAUCUGUCAGCAAAUGGAAGCUUUAAAGAAUGAAAUGCAAGAAAUGAAACUUAGUAAUUCCAACUCAAAGGCAUCAUCUCAUCGGUGGCCUGCUGAAAGCUAUGGAACAGAUACUAUGUCAGACGGUUAUCAGAGACCACAAAAUCUUCAUGAAGCUCCGUUAACAGUUGCUACCACUGGCCCAUCUGUUUACUACAGCCAGUCACCUGCCUAUAACUCUCAGUAUCUUCUCAGAACGGCUGCAACCAAUGUAACGCCAACGAAGAUUCCUUCUGAUACUGAAGCCAAGCCUGCAAAAGAAGGAUUUAGCUUUUCAAUGCCAAUGCCUGGAGGUGGAUUUAAAUUUGGUAUACAGGAGUCUAGUAAAACUACCACUAAGAAAGAUGAGCCAUCGAAAGACGGAAUUACAUUCUCAUUUCAAGAAACAGCAAACAAGGAGAAAGACGACUUUGUUUUUGGGCAGAGUAGCAGCACUUUUACUUUUGCUGAGCUUGCAAAAAGUACUCCUAGGGAAGGCUUUCAGUUUGGCAAAAAAGACCCGAACUUCAAAGGCUUUUCAGGUGCGGGUGAAAAGCUGUUUUCUUCACAGGAUUCUAAAAUGGAUCACAAAGCAAACACAUCUGCUGACCUUGGUGAGAAGGAUGAUGAUGUAUAUAAGACAGAGGACAGUGAUGAUAUACAUUUUGAACCUAUAGUUCAGAUGCCUGAAAAAGUAGAACCAUUUACAGGAGAGGAAGAUGAGAAAGUUUUGUACUCCCAAAGAGUAAAGCUGUUCAGAUUUGAUCCAGAAACAAGCCAGUGGAAAGAACGUGGGGUGGGCAACCUCAAGAUUCUUAAAAAUGAAGUCAAUGGCAAAGUAAGAAUAUUAAUGCGGCGUGAGCAGGUACUGAAGGUGUGUGCAAAUCACUGGAUAACAACCACAAUGAACUUGAAACAGCUGUCUGGCUCAGACAAAGCAUGGAUGUGGAUGGCCAAUGACUUCUCUGAUGGUGAUGCGAAGUUGGAACAACUGGCAGCAAAAUUCAAGACACCAGAGCAGGCUGAGGAGUUCAAGCAGAAGUUUGAAGAAUGUCAGAGGCUACUACUAGAUAUACCACUGCAGACACCCCAUAAACUUGUUGAUACAGGUAGGACAGCUCAGCUUAUACAGAAAGCCGAAGAGAUGAAGUGUGGCUUAAAAGAUCUUAAAACUUUUCUAACAGAUGACAAAACUAAACUGUCAGAAGAGGAAAAUGUCAACUCUGGUUGUGCCAGCAGUACUUCUGAUGUCGUGAUAAAGCCGCAUGCUGAAAGUACUGGGCCUACCCUGGAAUGGGAUAACUACGACUUGCGUGAAGAAACAUUGGAUGAUAGUGUAAGUAGUUCUGUGUAUGCGUCGCCUCUUGCAAGUAGCCCUGUAAGAAAAAAUUUGUUUAGAUUUGGAGAGUCGACCACAGGCUUUAGUUUCAGCUUUAAAUCUGCCUUGAGCCCAUCCAAAUCUCCUGCCAAACAGAACCAGAGUCGAACAUCAGUAGGCACAGAUGAAGACUCUGAUGUUACUCAGGAAGAAGAGAGAGAUGGGCAGUACUUUGAACCUGUUGUCCCUCUGCCUGAUCUCGUGGAAGUGACCAGUGGUGAGGAAAAUGAGCAAGUUGUCUUCAGUCACAGAGCUAAGCUCUACCGGUAUGACAAAGACGCCAAUCAGUGGAAGGAGAGAGGUAUUGGGGAUAUCAAGAUAUUGCAGAACUACGACAACAAACAAGUGCGGAUAGUAAUGAGAAGGGACCAGGUACUAAAACUCUGUGCCAAUCACAGGAUAACACCAGAUAUGAAUAUGCAACAAAUGAAAGGAUCUGAUAGGGCAUGGGUGUGGACUGCAUGUGACUUUGCAGAUGGGGAAAGGAAAGUAGAGCUUCUAGCUGUGCGAUUCAAGCUGCAAGAUGUUGCAGACUCAUUUAAGCAGAUUUUUGAUGAAGCAAAGCAUGCCCAAGAGAAAGACACGCUGAUAACACCUCUUUCUUCUCGUGCCAAUACACCAAAGGAAUCUCCAUGUGGUAAAAAUGCUGUAGCUGUAUUAGAAGAAACUACCAGAGACAGAACUGACCUCAGCCAUGGUGAUGAUAGUUCUGAUGCAGCUGUAGAGACUGCAGAGGUGUCAAGCACUUCUGAAACACCGAUGAAAACAGUGGUUUCUCCUCCAAAGUUUGUAUUUGGAUCUGAAUCUGUCAAGAGCAUUUUCAGCAAUGAAAAGUCAAAGACAUUCACAUUUGGAAAUACUUCAGCCACCGGUUCUCUCUUUGGCUUCAGCUUUAAUCCUCCAAGAAAGAGUGAAGAUCAUACUACAAUGCCUCAGAACACUACACAGAAAGAACUGAAAGUCUCUGAACCACCAAAAAGCUCUAGUACUCCUCAGAAGCCUCUAGACAGCAAGGUAGACAACGUGCCUACUGCAACACAAGUUGGACCCUCUAACUUCUCAUUUAGAAUUCUGGAAAAAGCUGAGAAAACGACGUCAGAAGAUGAUCUUCCAUCUGAUGACGUUAUAAUAGUGUAUGAGUUAACACCCACUCCUGAGCAGAGAGCGCUCGCUGGCUUUCUUAAGCUACCUUCCACAUUCUUCUGUUACAAGAAUAAGCCUGGAUAUGUGAGUGACGAGGAUGAUGAUGAAGACUACGAAACAGCUGUCAAGAAACUUAAUGGAAGACUCUAUCCAAGCAGUUCAGAAGAGAAGAAGAUAUUGCAAGAACCUGUAAAAAUAGGCAUCACAGGAGAAAGUGAAUCCAACAGUGAAAGAGAAUGUACUAGUAGUACUUGGGAAAAGAAACCAACUCCUGAGGAGAAGGCUGAAGCAGAAACUCUGCAGGUUUCUUCCACAUCUGUCUGUGGGGUCAGCAGUGAUACUGAGGAUGACAGCCCAGAAGACUUCCAGACAGAAGUUAAAAAUGAAGAAGAAAAAGAGGAUGAAGUUACAAGCUCAGCUGACUUAGUCUGUACCAGUAAGGAAGAGUUACCUAGCACUGAGGCAACAGUAUUUGUCCAGUCAGCUCCCAGCAAUGAAGAACCAGAUACCACCACAGAAACUGUGGAUGUACCACAGACUUUAUCAGGAACUGAUGACAAACCUGUAGACUUGUCAACUAAAAAAAGUGAUUCAGACUGUUCAGAGUCAACACAAGAAAACAAAGUCAUCUCGUUUGGUUUUGGCAACACUGCAGGCUUGUCAUUUGCAGAUCUGGCUUCCAAGAACUCUGUAGACUUUGCUUUUGGCACAAAAGAUAAAAACUUCAAAUGGGCAAAUACAGGAGCAGCUGUCUUUGGAGAAACAGCCCGUAAAGCAGCUGAAGAUGAAGGUGGUAGUGAUGACGAGGUGGUACAUAGUGAUGAUAUCCACUUUGAGCCAAUUGUGUCCUUACCAGAGGUGGAGGUAAAAUCUGGAGAAGAAGAUGAAGAAAUUCUCUUCAAAGAGAGGGCAAAACUUUACAGAUGGGACAGGGAUGCUACUCAGUGGAAGGAGCGUGGUGUUGGAGAGAUCAAGAUCCUCUUCCAUACACAGAAGAAAUACUAUAGAGUCCUAAUGAGAAGAGACCAAGUUCUUAAAGUCUGUGCAAACCACGUCAUCACCAAAGAAAUGAACUUGGUGCCCUCUGACACAUCAAACAAUGCUUUAAUUUGGACAGCCACAGAUUAUGCUGAUGGUGAAAUGAAAGUGGAACAAUUUGCAGUCAGAUUUAAAAGCCAAGAAAUGGCUAAUUCUUUCAAGAGGAGAUUUGAAGAAUGCCAGCUAAGCUUAUCAGAACUGCAGAAGGGACACUUAUCUCUGGCAGCAGGACUGUCAAAGGACACCAACCCCGUUGUGUAUUUUGAAGUUUCUGCUGAUGAUGAACCUUUAGGACACAUAACCAUGGAGCUGUUCUCAAAUAUUGUCCCUCGAACUGCUGAAAAUUUCAGGGCUUUGUGCACAGGGGAGAAAGGGUUUGGAUACAAGAACUCCACCUUUCACAGAAUCAUCACUGACUUUGUGUGUCAGGGAGGUGAUAUAACUAACCAUGAUGGAACAGGUGGACGGUCAAUUUAUGGAGCAGCAUUUGAAGAUGAGAAUUUUGAAGUGAAACACACUGGUCCUGGAUUGUUGUCAAUGGCAAAUAGGGGCAGGGAUACGAAUAAUUCUCAGUUCUUCAUAACACUUAAAAAAGCAGAACACUUGGACUUCAAGCAUGUGGUAUUUGGGUUUGUGAAAGAUGGAAUGGAUGUUGUGAAAAAGAUUGAAUCCUUUGGUUCUCCUAAAGGGCUAGUAAAUGGAAGAAUUGUCAUUACAGACUGUGGGCAAAUAUAGAAUUAUGGCUUUGAGUAUACAAGAUGUUCUAGCAGUACAAAUCAGUAUUUAGAUGUUAUUGACUAAUUAUUUCAACUUCUUAAAAUGGACACUUCUGAUGUAUAAAUGUAAAAUUACAACUUCUAGUUGGGUUUUUUAUGUGUUAUAAUUGAUUUUUUUUUUUGCAUGUUAAGGUUCAGACACUGGCAUAUUUCAGGUGUAUUUGUGUUAUCCUGACAUAUUUGUAUUAAAUGUCAAAUUUUAAAAAUUAAAUCUUAGUCUUGUUAAAAUAAA